AUGUUUGGCAAGGCGGCUCGGUUUCCCAUUGAAAAACGUAAGGACAAUUUCGAAUGGAGAGCAAUUAAACAAUGUGACAGCUUUCCGUUAGCGUCUGACGUUCCUCCGCCGGGUUAUUAUCAACCCAAAGAAAUUGAUGACGCACCUUACAAGCGAGGCGCGUUUCUGGAGAAGUCCGAAAGAAAGGUGUUCGAUAAGGUUCCUGACGGUCCAGGUCCAAGCGAUUAUCAAUCGAUCACUGCAGAAGUAAAGGGGAAUGUGCACCACCAGCGCAAACCAUCCGCGUCACAGAACCAGGACCAUCAGUUGCGACAGCAGAUACAAGAAUUGCAAGGAGAGAAUGCUCGUCUCUUGAAGGAGCGUCGGCAUGAAGUACACCAAUUAGAGAGCAAGCUUGAGCAGGCAGAGGCAAGGACGCGGGAGUUAGUGAGAGAAAAGGGCACGUUGCAGACAGAGGCAGCUAUUGCGAUCAAGGAGCAGCGCUUGGCACAGGACCGCGAAACCACAGCACGCCUGGCGCAUGAAAAGGCUGAGAAAGAGGUCAAACAACUCGCGGAGCGCGCCAGCAAAUAUGGGGCUCUCCAGCGCCGCCUGGAAGAGUUAGAGAAGAUGCACUUGGAGAGCAAAUCCAAAUCUCGAGCAGACAAGGGAACCUUAGAAUCCGACCUCGAACAUGCCCGAGCGUUUGUGGCUGAGAAGCAGAGAGAACUGGACUCCGUCACAAGUCAUCGAGAAUCAGAAAGCCGCCGCAUACAAGACUUGAAAAGGGCCCACGCCAUGGCUGAGACGGAGAACCAGGAACUUCGAUCGAAGCUGCACAUCCUCCAAUUAUCAGCCUCUGGCGCUGAAGCUUCCCAAGAUCAGAAGAGACAAUUUCAAGCUGAACGGCAAGCGAUGCAGGCACGACACGCAAAGGAGCUGGCAGAGCUCCAACUGAAGCUUCAUGAUCAAGAAUCUGUCGCCAUUAAGUCCAAGCAAGAAUUACGUGACAAGCAGGGCGAAAGUCGAAAGACGAAUGACGAGCUGCGAAAAGUUCGAGACGAGCUCAAACGAGUCCGUGAGGAGCUCGAAGCGACAAAACUCAAGCAUCAAAAGAUCGACAAUCAACACAGAGAGCAAGAGAAAGACAAUGAUCGCUUAUUCGAUGCACGCGUCCAAGCGCUCCAGAAAGAAAUCACCAGCCUUCGUGAACAUAGCUCCAACGCGAAGCAAGUUAUAGACGAAGAAAGGAUGAAGACUUUCAAAGAACGGGACGAUCUAAAGGCACAGCUUCAACAUGUCCGUGAAGUUAUGUCAGCAGUUGCAACAAAAUAUGGUGCUCUCAGUGCAACUAUGCACAAGCUCCGGCAUCAAGGUGCUCUUGAACGUGCAACAGCAGAAGCAACUCGCAUUCGACUGGAAGGCCUCGCAAGGGAGAAGGAACGACGUAUUCGUCAACUAGCUGUCGCUCUGCAGUUGCAAGAAGACGCGACUGUCACCAUGCUCCAUGGACUGAACCAUUACGACUCGCUGAUUGGUGCUAUGCUCCGCCAUCAAUCUCGCUUCAUCGAUCGAGAGACGAUCGUACGUCCCCAGGCGCUGCAAGAAGAUCCGCAGUUGGAUUCGGACUCGGCUUGGCGUGAGGAGCUGGUCCAACUUCAGGAGCGGACUCAACGUGAGGUCGUGGAGUUCUUCAAGUUUGACAAGAAAUGGGUCGAAGAAGGGUACCAUCAAGUGCUCGAUCGAGCCAGUAAUGCUGAAUCGGAGAACGAAAUGACGAAGGCGAAACUUGCCGAACACGAAACAGCACAUACAAAUGCCCAAUCUGCUCUUGCAGAUGCCGAAGUACGACUGGCCACUGCUGAGCAGUGUGUUACGAGUCUGAAAGCCCAAUUAUCCGAAGUAACAGAUCGUGUGACACAAUCGGCUGCUGAAAGUGGCAGGAUCCAAUCGGGUUACCAGGCAGAACUGAACAAGUUGACAAAGCAAAUGAACUCUGAGAAGGCAUACGCCGCCCAGAUGGCGCUUGACCUAGCACACGGCAAAUCACGGGAAGCGGCACUCGCGGUCGACGUCGACAGUCUCCAAGAGAAUCUUGCACAGGUGGAGAGGUACAAGAGCGAAUACCAAGCAUUACUGGCCGAAGUUAGAGUCAUCUUGUCCAGAAAUGCACUCGCCGAAGAUGAAGCGGAACGGUUGAGUCGUUUCAAUGCGGAGAUCCUCGGCCAUCAGAAUCCCAUGCAAAAGAUUCUUUAUGUCGACAAGCUCCGAAGGGAAAUGGCCGAUGUUAAGCAGGCAAGCAAGGUUAAAUUGAUUGUGUCUACCUUGGAACGUGAUGGGGCAGAGGAGGCAAGGCGGAAGCUACAAGAAGAACUGGCGUCGUACAAGGCGGUGGAAAUUCCAAUGGACACAAAGCCGAGAUCCACUAUGACUCGAGUUGCGCGAGUGCCGUUCGCAGCGCGGAGCGUGAAUACGUUGUCAAAGUCACAGGCACCACGAAGUUCGGAUCGGUCGCCCACUGAGCAGGGCGGAUCAUUGGGUUCGGAAAACGCGGAGGAUGCUCUGCGUGUUGAAGACUUGGGAAAGCCCUAG